AACACGCUCGUAACUGCGAGAGGCAGGAUCGCAUCCCUCCUUUCAGGGCGAUCUGAGAUGUUCGUCAAGCAAAAUCUUACUACACCUUCUCUCCCCCGAUUCCUUAUUUCGGCGUCGCCUUGGGCUUUGCAGUGCGCUGACUUUCGGGAGCGCAGCUAAAUAAAAAGAGAAAGGUCACACGAAGUGGGAGAUUUGCGUGCGCCGAGGAUGGUUUGUGACAACCGGGAGCUCAUCAAGCUACAUCGGCUGUAACUUAAGAGAUCACAGUUAAAACGGGUUUACACUCAAGCGGCUGAAGAUAUUUUUUAAUCAUGCCUGUUCGGAGAGGUCAUGUCGCGCCUCAGAACACGUUUCUGGGUAUUAUUAUACGGAAAUUCGAGGGACAAAACAAGAGGUUCGUCAUAGCCAACGCCAAAGUGGAGAACUGUGCCAUCAUCUACUGUAACGAUAGCUUCUGUGAGAUGACGGGCUUCUCCAGGUCGGACGUCAUACAAAAGCCAUGCGUCUGCGACUUCCUCCACGGCGAGCUGACCAAGAGGCACGCGGUCGCCCAGGUGACUCAGGCCCUGCUGGACUCUGAGGAGAGAAAAGUGCAAAUCACAUACCAUCGCAAGGACGGAUCCGACUUCCUGUGCAGCACUCACAUAAUCCCGGUGAAGAACGAGGAAGGUGUGGUGAUGAUGUUCAUCCUAAAUUUCGAUUACAUGCUGGACGAGGGAAGCAGCGACUCUCUGGAGAAGCUAGGACAAACAUCUCCACCCAAAUCUGACCACAAAAAGGGAAGAUUUUUCCGGUUACGACUGCCAGCCUUGAACCUACUGGGCAGCAGCAAGCAGUCGCUUCCUCAGGAGGAUCCGGAUGCUGUGAUGAUAGAUCUCCCCAAACGGAGCGACGAAUCCAUUACAAUGAGGGACUUGAAGUCCCCCACCAAAGAGAGCUGCAGCCCCUCUGAAGUGGACGACACUAGGGCCCUCAUCAGCUCAAGCCGGUGCCUGACGCCCGUCAAUGUCUCAGGACCCCUAGAUCACUCCUCUCCAAAGUGGCAGUGGGACCGAUUAUACCCUGACCAGCCCCAGGCCAUCACCUUCCUAGCCCAAGGCACACUGCGGGACAGUCUCUACAGCAUGAGACGAGCGUCCUCCGUCCAGGACAUCGAGGGCUUCGGUUCCAGCACCAAGAGUAUGUUCAGGGACCGUCAUCCAAGUGAAGGUCCAUUCAACCAUAUAAAAUCAAACCUACUAGGCUCUACUUCAGAUUCCAACCUCAAUAAGUACAGCACCAUCAACAAAAUCCCACUUAUUACGCUCAACUUCUCCGAAGCGAACAACGAGAGAAAGAUGACAGCUUCCCCUCCAACAUCGGAGAAAACCAUAAUUGCACCAAAGAUCAAGGACCGAACGCACAAUGUUACAGAGAAAGUCACACAGGGGGAGUUUGUGAUCGGAAGUACCCUGCCCGUAAGUGCCACCGGGCAGAUGCAACAAGUUCUGUUCACAUGUGGGAGACCACAAAGGGUGCUGUCACUGGGUGCAGACGUGUUGCCCGAAUAUAAAUUACACACGCCACGUAUCGAGAGGUUGACCAUACUCCACUACAGCCCCUUCAAGGCCGUGUGGGAUUGGCUCAUCCUGCUGCUGGUCAUCUACACGGCCAUCUUCACGCCCUACUCCGCCGCCUUCCUCCUCAAUGACCAGGAGGAGCAGAAGCGGCGCGAGUGCGGCUACGCCUGCAACCCGCUGAACCUGGUGGACCUCAUAGUGGACAUCAUGUUCAUCAUAGACAUCCUGAUCAACUUCCGCACCACCUACGUCAACCUCAACGACGAGGUGGUGAGCCACGCGGGGAAGAUCGCCGUCCACUACUUCAAGGGCUGGUUCCUGAUCGACAUGGUUGCCGCCAUCCCCUUCGACUUGCUCAUAUUCGGAUCUGGGUCUGAUGAAACGACCACUUUGAUUGGGCUGCUGAAGACGGCCCGUCUGCUACGGCUGGUCCGCGUGGCCCGGAAACUUGACCGCUACUCGGAGUACGGAGCCGCCGUUCUCAUGCUGCUCAUGUGCAUCUUCGCCCUCAUCGCCCACUGGCUGGCCUGCAUCUGGUACGCCAUCGGCAAUGUGGAGAAGCCUUACCUGGAGCACAAGAUCGGCUGGCUGGAUAACCUGGGCGUGUCCAUCGGGAAGAACUACAACUACAGCGACCCCAGCUCCGGGCCCUCCAUCAAGGACAAGUACGUGACGGCCCUCUACUUCACCUUCAGCAGCCUCACCAGUGUCGGCUUUGGCAACGUCUCGCCCAACACCAACUCUGAGAAGAUCUUCUCCAUCUGCGUCAUGCUGAUUGGCUCCCUCAUGUACGCCAGCAUCUUCGGCAACGUGUCGGCCAUCAUCCAGCGGCUGUACUCGGGCACGGCGCGCUACCACACGCAGAUGCUGCGGGUUCGGGAGUUCAUCCGCUUCCACCAGAUCCCCAACCCCCUACGCCAGCGGCUGGAGGAGUACUUCCAGCACGCCUGGACCUACACCAACGGCAUCGACAUGAACAUGGUCCUAAAAGGUUUCCCAGAAUGCCUCCAGGCAGACAUCUGCCUCCACCUCCACCAGAACCUGCUAGAGAACUGCAAAGCCUUCCGGGGGGCCACCAAGGGCUGCCUUCGGGCCCUGGCCAUGAAGUUUAAGACCACCCACUCCCCCCCUGGAGACACACUGGUCCACAGCGGUGACGUCCUCACUGCGCUCUACUUCAUGUCCCGUGGCUCCAUCGAGAUCCUGAAGGACGACGUUGUGGUGGCGAUACUGGGAAAGAACGACAUCUUCGGAGAAAUGAUCCACCAGUACACUAAACCUGGGAAGUCCAAUGCAGAUGUCAGGGCACUGAGUUACUGUGACAUGCACACCAUCCAGAGGGAAGACCUCCUGGAAGUGCUGGACAUGUAUCCAGAGUUUUCAGACCACUACCUGACCAAUCUGGAGCUCACAUUCAACCUGAGGGACGAACCGGCUAAGGCUAAUUUUUCACAGAGCAGUGAGUCGGAUGGGGACAGUGUCAGAUUCAGAAGAAAUAUUUCCUUUAAGCAAAAGCCUUCGCAUGGAGGAAACAAAGAUGGACUGAGGGAGGCCAGUGCAGGGCAGUACUUCUACCCAAGGAGGGACUCCGAGGAAAGAGGAGACAUCGGCCAGGAGGAGGUGGAGCAGAGGCCUCUGUGUACCGGGAUCCAGGGCUACCCUUUAGUACGGGACCAGAGCCUGAGUCCGGACCUGAAGUACACCACUGACAUCCAUGCAAAGCACCAUCUGGAGCCGAGUCAGUUAUGCAAAGAAGAUCGUCGUGGUGAAGAAUGGGCUUGCGAGAGGCUGAUGGGCCGUAUUGAUGAGUUGGGGCAAUCCCAAGAUUCAAAGGGCAUGGACGAGACAGAGAGCGACAUCACGUACGGGGAAGUGGAGCACCGACUGGACCUCCUGCAGGAGCACCUGAACAGGCUGGAGUCCCAGAUGACGUCGGACAUUCAGGCCAUCCUGGAGCUCCUGCAGAGACAGUCCACCGUGGGACCCCCUGACUACAGUACUCUCACAGCCAGGGUGGAGCAGCAAAGGCCCGCCAUCAGGGUGACACCUGUUACAGCCAGCCGGACUGAACACAGCAGCCACCUCGCCUCCUCGCAGGACUUACCGAAAUUUCACCUGGCAACACCAAAAACAAGAACAUUCUGGAUUUCUGCUGAAUGGCCCAGCAAAAGGUUGUCCGGCCUCAAGGCGACAAGUCAUCAGGACCCUCAGAUCACGCAAAACCGAGGCCCAGAAUCGCACGCCUUGGAGAUGUCCAUGAAGAAGCCCAAAGAAUCUCUAUCAGGUAUGGACGAUAUGGAGGGAGCUUCAGGAGACAACUUCCCGGCUCUAUCCCAGCUGCACGUAGAAGGAAGCGGCAGGAGCCAGCAGAACCGGCCAGCUUCCCUCAACCAGCAUCAGUCCAAAUCCCAGUCUCUUUCGAAGCGACACCCUUCCUUGCCUGACUCACCGCUCAGCACCGUAGGAACUGUGGGGCUCUACAGGCCAGUGUCGGAUCCCGGUCUUCCUGGGAAGCAGGCCUGAGGAUCAUCAUUACGCCUCCAUCGCAACAAAAAUCCUUUGAUGUUUGACUCAGGGUCUAGAAGGAAACUGUAUUGUCAUAUGCAAGGAAUUCUGCAACCCCCUUACCUGCCUCAUUCAUAUAUACAAUUCUAGACACUUGAUUCAACAAAUAGUCAAGUUAAAGGGAACACAUUCUUUAUAUAUCAUGUACACUGCCAGCAGCACAAGGCACCUUACCAUACUCGUCCCAAAAAAAAAUGCAUGUUUAAUAACAUUUUCCUUUUAGAUGACGCUUACUCAGACAAACCUAACUGCACAGCAUGAAGCUGAUAAACUAUAAACUGCGGUAUCACAAUAUGUCUUCAUUCAAUUUGACUGCAAAAUGUAAACACACCACUAAAAAUGCUUUAAGGUUCUGCGUAAAAUACAAAACAUCCAUACACAGGCUCAGCAUAUUGUUCAAUAAUCAAGUCACACUGCGCACAUACACAAUAGUUGUUUAAGUAUAAGCAACUCUUCAUUCUUUUCAAACACCAGGAAAUUUAUACAAAGUUAGGGAUUGCUUUAAGGGGAAAAUGCAUACGAAUAAUAUGUCCUGAUCUAACAGCAAUAAUAUCAACUUGUGAUGUGAUUUUGCAUCAAUAUUUCAAAAUCAAAAGCGUUUCUCCAUUUGUCCAUUUUCUCAGACAUUUGUUUCAAUUGUUUUUCCACCUAUCGAGUUUAAUAUAUUUAUCUACACAAUCAAAACAACAUACCUACCCUAAAUGGAUAAUUUAGGGUUAAAUAUUUAGGGUAUAUUUUUUACCCUUUUGAUAGAGUACAUGCACAGCGUUUUAAUAUGGAUUUCUGUUUCAUUUUAAAUGCUGCACUUUUAAUUUGAUAUACAAACUGGAUGGUGCAUAGCUUGGGAUUAUUGUUACAUAAUAAACUCAUAAUUACUGAACUGAUACAAGUAUAAAAUCCAAUAAUAAUUGAAAGAACUGUUAUAAGAGCUUCCAUCUUCAACAACAGUAGCAGUAAUAAUAUAGAGAAAAUUUUACAAAAUCGUUAUAGAGAAUUUGCAGUGGCUGUUGAGGUCUGGGUUUCAAGUGAAAUGUUUCGUCAUUUAUACAAAUAAACAAUUUUAAAAAAUCAUCAGGCACAAUAUGUAUAUGAAGGCAAGAAAAUAGCUCUGUUAUUUAAACAUAAUUAGUGGCAUUUCAUUUUCCCCCCAUAAUUAAUAGUGUCAAACUCUGAUUCUCAUCAACAGGCUUGUGUUCUGAAGCUUACAGUCCAGUGGACAUUGCAAAAAAACAAAUGCAAGAAAAAGUCUGUUUCCGAAGUUACUGGUUAAUAAUGUUGAAAAUGGACCUUUGGUUCUUAGUACUGGAAAUCAUUUAUAUUGCUGUACGUUAUAUUGGGAUGAGAAAUGGGGUUUUUUGUAACCAAUGUGUUGAUAAGCAAGGUGUUGGGAUCUCAUGGUGGUUCCAUAACUUCCUGCUGGCCCCUCCAAUGGUUGGGGGCUUGGAUGGUGCCCUGCUCUGCGUGUGUAGGCCCUGCAGCCGUCUAGAGGUGAGGCUUGGAUGGUGCCCUGUCUUGUGCCUUAAGCUACCUGGGAUAGACUCCAGACUCCCUUAUGACCCGAACCAGGAAAAGGAGCUUGAAGAUGGAUGGAUGGAUGGAUGGAUGGAUGGACAGACAAAUUUGGUAAUUGACACUAAUUCAAUUAAGGCACCUUAUGGAGAAUGAGUUUAAACCAGUAUUACAGUCAGACUUUGAUUGCUUUUCCCCACUUUUCAUUACAACAGUUUUUACAAAGAGCAAUACUGUCUAAUGUAUUGAAUUGACCUCCUUACUCAGACAUCCCCAUUAUACUUUUUCUUGUUACUUCUUGAUCAGAAUUUGUCUCUCCUUUGCGGUAUAUAAAAAGCUGUAAAUUUAACUUGUGUAGUAAUUAAAACAAAAAAAAAUGUACAUCUGGUACCUGUACUAUUUAUACUGAAAACCAAGCUACGUUAAAUUAUUUUCACAGCCUUCUGAGAGCAAAUAUUACAUGGUUGAUAAAACCUCAAUGUAACUUUCUUACAUGCCUCUUAACGAGGGGAAGAUGUCAAUUCUUAUUCUCCUGUUUCAUUGUUAUUUUUAUGCAUUUAAAGUUUGCCACUAUAUUUUAUACAAUGCAAAAUGCUUUAUGGCAGAGAUGAAUGUUCCUCUUACAGAUAUUAAUAUACAUAUAGUGUACAUAAAGCUGGUUUAUGAUUUAGGUUAUAGAAGUUGUACAAAUUGAAGCAAUAAAAGCUUGGCAAAUACAAA